AUGGGGUGUGCGUCCUGUCUCGAACCUCGAUUUCGCUCAGCCAUUCCAGACACCCCACCAGAGGCACUCACCCCGGACUCGGCCGUGUUUCCCUGUAGGCAGUCUGAGGCGCCAACUUGGAACCCGCUGCCUCCUCCGUCUCCGCCUAUGUCCAAGUAUGAUCCGACCGUCAAGGCAAGAGACAUGUCGUCGUCUGGCAUGGGCUUGGAGGAAACACGGGCUCGCGGAGAGGGCUCCCCCUAUGACCAAAGUGCACCGCGGCAGCAGCUUCCGUCGCUGAGCAGCCUGUUCGGGCCGCCCUCGCAGAUUCCCCCGCUUCACUCGCCAUUUACUGACCGGCCGGCGCCAUACUCGGCAUCCCCAUCACCGCUUGACCGACCGUUUGGGGGGUCAUCAUCCUCGUACUUCCCACCGACGACAUCGGCUACAUCGCAGCCGCGGAGCGUGCUAGACCUGCGGUUUCAGGACCGCCCUCAGAUUCCACCUCUUCAUCCGGCUUUUCCCGGACCCCUCUCGCCCCAGUCUCGACUCGACCACCAAAGGCAGGAAAACCGCGGCUCGGAGCACGGUUCUGGGAGUCAAUGGCCGGUGCAGCAUGAAGCCGGCCGGGAAUAUUCGCUCGGCAGCCGCGAACCGCAGCUCUACAAGCCGGCCGCCGACAGACCUUCUCACGUGGCAGGAGCAGCGGCGGGCAGCUUGGACGAUGGCCGCAGAGAGGGUUUCCGGGAGCAGCAGCUAACACCACGGACGCCGGCGGCGCACAAUUCCCCGGCGACACCGACCAGUAGUAGCGGCCUUGGCUCGGAGAGCGUGCCGACGAAGGACGGAUUGGGGCCCAAAAUCUGGACAGGAACGCACUUCCUCCCUCGGUUCGUCCGGGCGGCCGAAGUGCCUGGCGAGGGCAUGUGUUAUUUUUACGACGACGGGAGCCACUGCAAGACGGUCAUCGAUGGAGAGGCCGUCAACGCGCAUUGGGGCGUGACCAAGGCCGGAAAGCCGAGAAAGAGACUGGCCAUUGCCUGCGUCACCUGCCGAGAGAAAAAGAUCAAGUGCGAUCCCGACUACCCGCGGUGCGUGCAGUGCGAGAAGUUUGGCCGGGUCUGCAAAUUCAAAAACGCCCCCCGAGGCGGUCACAACACAUCUCCGUCGACCCCGCCAGCCGAGCCCGAGGACUUGCGGCGACUGGGGGGAUAUGUGAGACCGCCGACAGAACUCACCACCACUACUAGUACGAGACCAGGCAGCCACUCGAGCGGGUCCGUCUCGCCCCGAACCACCAUUGGCAGACCAGCAAGCCCGGAUUCGGUCGGUUCGGGGCGCCUAAAACGAGCCAGGCUAGGAGGCUACGAACAACAAUAUCAACAACAACAACAUCAUCAUCACCAUCAACAACACUACAACCCGACGACGACUAGUAGUGCUAUGCCUCCGAUGGGUCCGACGCCGCCGUCCACCGCCCCUCCCUUCUGGCGGCAUCACCCGAGUCAUCAUCCGGAAUCGCUACCGCGCAUCCACGAGGACGUUCUGCAGCACCGGCCUUGGCAGGCGGACCCGUACACCACCUCCGUGCCGGACGCACACUCGGCUUCGUCUCCGAACCGGGCAUAUGACGUGGUAGCCGAACAGCGGUCGCACCAAGCCGCCGCAAGACUCAACGGAAGGCCCGAUGCUCGUGUAUAG